GAGAAGAGAGGACCCGCCUGGGGUGGAGGAUGGAGCCCCGGGCUGCCGCAGCUGGGGAGCCGGAGCCGGCCUCCUCUCCAUCCUUCCAGGCCAGGCUGUGGAAAAACCUGCAGCUGGGGGUGGGCAAGGGCAAAGGUGGCGGGGGCGGACGCACGGGGGGCCAGGAGCGCCGCACUGCGGCCACUCCGACCCCAUCCCCGCCGCCCCCUAGGGCCACGCAGGACGCCCUGGCCGGCGUGGGGAGUACCGGCAGCAGGUGGAGCGGCUUCAAAAAGCGGAAGCAAGUGCUAGACCGAGUGUUCUCCUCCUCGCAGCCCAACUUGUGUUGCUCCUCACCGGAGCCCCUGGAGCCAGGCGGAGCAGGCAGAGCCGAGCAGGGGUCCACGCUGCGCCGCCGCAUACGCGAACAUCUGCUGCCUGUGGCUAAGGGGUCCGCGACAGCCGCAGGGACAGCCGGAGUGACGCCUCCUGGUGGACGCUCUCCGGACUCAGCCCCUUCUUCUUCCGCCUCAUCGUCCUUGUCCUCUUCUCCUCAACCGCCCCCGAGGGGGGACCGGGUCCGAGAUGAAGGCGCACGGCGUGGAGGCCCUGGGGUACACCUGUGCCACCAAAAGAGCUCUUCUCUGCCGGGAACCGCGUGCCUGGAGCAGUUGCUGGAACCGACGCCAGCUCCCGCAGAACCUGCACGGGGUCCCGGGGAGACCAAGUCUCUGCAGAAGGGCGAAGAGAGCGGCUGCAGCCAGAAAAUAAACACAGGUGGAACCAGUAAUGCAGAUGUCCCUUUGGCUGAGCCCGGAAUGUACCAGUUGGACAUCACACUAAGAAAGGGUCAAAGUUUAGCUGCCCGUGACCGAGGAGGCACGAGUGAUCCAUAUGUCAAGUUUAAAAUUGGAAGAAAGGAAGUUUUUAGAAGUAAAAUUAUCCACAAGAAUCUCAAUCCUGUGUGGGAAGAAAAGGCUUGUGUUUUUAUUGACCAUCUUAGAGAGCCACUGUAUGUCAAGGUAUUUGACUAUGACUUUGGACUGCAGGAUGACUUUAUGGGCUCAGCCUUUCUCGAUCUCACACAAUUGGAAUUAAACACGUCCACAGAUGUCACCUUGACUCUGAAAGAUCCCCACUAUCCUGACCAUGACCUUGGGAUCAUUUUGCUGUCCGUCAUCCUUACCCCAAAGGAAGUCGAACCCAGAGAUGUGACAAUGCUAAUGAGGAAGAGUUGGAAAAGAUCCAGUAAGGAACUCUCAGAAAAUGAGGUGUUUGGAUCUCACUUCUCUGUGCAGUCUUUCUUUUGGAGGUUUCAGACCCAAAGUUUACGCCUGUCAGAGCAGCACAGGAAGUCACAUCUGUGGAGAGGAAUCGUCAGCAUCACCUUGAUUGAGGGCCGAGACCUCAAAGCAAUGGAUUCCAAUGGGUUGAGUGACCCCUAUGUGAAGUUUCGGCUCGGGCAUCAGAAAUACAAGAGCAAGAUUAUGCCCAAAACUUUGAAUCCUCAGUGGAGGGAGCAAUUUGAUUUCCAUCUCUAUGAAGAGAGAGGAGGGGUCAUUGACAUCACCGCCUGGGACAAAGAUGCUGGGAAAAGGGAUGAUUUCAUCGGGAGGUGCCAGGUUGACCUGUCGUCCCUCAGUAGGGAGCAAACGCACAAGCUGGAGUUACAGCUGGAGGAGGGUGAGGGCCACCUGGUUCUGCUUGUCACUCUGACAGCCUCGGCCACAGUCAGCAUCUCUGACCUUUCCAUCAACUCCCUGGAGGACCAGAAGGAACGGGAAGAGAUAUUAAAGCGAUAUAGCCCUCUGAGGAUAUUUAACAACCUAAAAGAUGUGGGAUUUCUCCAGGUGAAGGUCAUCAGAGCAGAAGGUUUGAUGGCUGCUGAUGUCACAGGUAAAAGUGAUCCAUUUUGUGUGGUAGAACUGAACAACGACAGGCUGCUAACACACACGGUCUACAAAAACCUCCAUCCUGAGUGGAACAAAGUGUUCACAUUCAACAUUAAAGAUAUUCAUUCAGUCCUUGAAGUGACAGUUUAUGAUGAAGAUCGUGACCGGAGCGCUGACUUUCUGGGCCGAGUCGCUAUACCAUUGCUGUCUAUUCAAAAUGGUGAACAGAAAGCCUACGUCUUGAAAAACAAGCAGCUGACAGGGCCAACAAAGGGGGUCAUCUAUCUUGAAAUAGAUGUGAUUUUUAAUGCUGUGAAAGCCAGCUUACGAACAUUAGUACCCAAAGAACAGAAAUACAUUGAAGAGGAAAACAGACUCUCGAAACAGCUGCUUCUUAGAAACUUUAUCAGAACGAAGCGCUGUGUCAUGGUGCUUGUAAAUGCUGCUUACUACGUUAAUAGCUGCUUUGAUUGGGAUUCGCCCCCAAGGAGUCUGGCGGCUUUUGUGCUCUUUCUCUUCGUUGUGUGGAACUUUGAGCUCUACAUGAUACCACUGCUGUUGCUGUUGCUGCUGACAUGGAAUUACUUCCUAAUAAUAUCAGGGAAAGACAACUGGCAACAUGACACGGUAGUGGAGGACAUGCUAGAGGACGAGGAGGAAGAAGAUGACAAAGAUGACAAGGAUGGUGAAAAAAAAGGAUUUAUAAACAAAAUCUAUGCCAUCCAGGAGGUCUGUGUCAGUGUCCAGAGCAUUCUAGAUGAAGUGGCUUCCUUUGGCGAGAGGAUAAAGAAUACUUUCAACUGGACUGUCCCAUUCUUAAGCUGGCUGGCCAUUGUAGCCCUCUGUGUGUUCACGGUUAUUCUGUACUUGAUUCCACUGAGAUACAUUGUUCUCGUCUGGGGAAUUAAUAAAUUUACAAAAAAGCUUCGGAGUCCAUAUGCAAUUGAUAACAAUGAACUACUUGACUUCCUUUCCAGAGUCCCUUCAGAUGUACAAGUGGUGCAAUACCAAGAACUGAAACCAGAUCAUUCUCAUAGUCCAUAUAAAAGGAAGAAAAACAACCUUGGCUAGCCAGCUCCCAGCGCUGAGGAGACCAGCAUGUUUGGGAAGACGAAAGAAAAAUAUUCCAACUUCCACAGCAUUUCCUUUCUUUCUGCUUUUAUUUAUUUUCCUUUUUUUAAAAAUCAUGAUCAAGAACAUUUGUAAAUAGUGUACAAAAGGUAUAUGUCUUUGAGAACAUACUUCCACUGUACAAACUCAACUUGAUAAAGGAUUUUAGCUAGUGGAGUGUGGAAGCCUUAUUAGGAAAGAUAAUAAUAUUAUAAACCAAAAUAAAAAUAAUGGUUAUAUAACUGGAAGAUACAUAUUUAUUCAAUUACAAGUGAAAGAACCAGAAUAUCAGAUUAAAUGCUCAAUUGUGCUUUGGUUAACCCUACAUAAAAUGUAAAUGCCGACUUGAUCUUUAGGGUUUUUUUUUUUUUUUUUU